AUGUCUUCGCCUACCAAACAAGUUAGUGCAAGAAGACUUCCACCUUUACCAAGCCAAAAUCCAGGCGGGAAAGUAAUUUUACGAUCUCCAAAAACGACCACGGAUGUAGAAGAGCGGGAGGCUCUUCUGUCAAAUGUUGAUGUUUCCAGUUCAAAUGCACCCAGAACUUCAAGUCAAGAUAACAAACGUACGUUAAUAACAGAAAUUGGUGUGGGAAUGACAGGAAAAUAAUUUUUCUCAACUAAUAAUAUUCUUUCAAGUUUGGUAGUUAUUUUUAACCGAUAAUUUUGUUUUGAUUUUGUUUACAAUUUUAAAUAAAAUUGUUUUUUAGUUUUGCAAAGCUAUCGAUCGGUAUUAUUAUUAAAGUCCGGAUUUUCAUUGAUAAAUAAGAUCAUGAUGGCAUAACCGAUCGAGAGGAUUGCAAAAACAAUUAUUUUUGCUAGAAACGGAUAAUCUGUUUGGAGAAACAUGGGCUAAGCCCAAUUUAUCUACCGUUUCACCUAUUUUCAGAGCAAAAAAUGAUCGAAGUCGUGGAUUUUCUGAAGCAGAAUCCGAAAGCGUUGGAGAAUUACGUAAUGGAGUCAAUAAGCAGGGAACAACUUGAGAAAUGGUUGAUACGAAAAAUCCACGCUCAGAAAUCUGACACAAAUGAAAAGAAUAGUGAACGUAUGUGAUCAGAGUUUUGGUUGCUCGGUAAAAGUUAGACGACACCCUGACUCCCACUCAAUAUGUGUUUAGUGUGCACCACACCUUAAUUUUAACUACAGUACAGUACAGUACAGUACAGUACAGUACAGUACAGUACAGUACAGUACAGUACAGUACAGUACAGUAUAGUACAGUAUAGGCGGACUUACACUUCACAACUUUUGCCUAAAACUGUUGCAUGCAACCAGUUUACAAGUUGAGCUGUACUGUGUACAGAUACAGUUGUACUAUGUACUUUAUACUCUACAGGGUGUCCCAAAACAACCGCCAACUAUUGAAAAAACGUUUUGUUAGAAUUUGAAUGCCUUAGCACUAAGCUGAACGCAAUUAUAAAUAUUGAGCUAUUAACAAAUUAAAAUAUCUUUGUAAAGCGCACGAUUUUCUGCACUUGGGAAUUUAAAGCAGCUUCUUAAACAGUUUCUUUAUGCAUAAAAUUUACUUAUGUCAGUUUUAUGCACUUGUGUCAUUGUGUGUUCAGCAGAGUGCUAAGGCAUUCAAAUUCUAACAAUACGUUAUUUCAAUAGUUUGCAGUUUUUUGGGGACACCCUGUGUAUAGUAGCACAAUUUCAGUUCACGAUAGUUGAGUUAAUGUAUGUGCGUUUAUCAAGACAACGAUACGAUAAUAAGGAGCUUUUAAUCAAACUCCUAUAGGAAAUUUACAAUUGACUAUAUGUGAGAACGAAACAUUACAACAAACAAAGCUGUCAAAGGCGAGUUAGAUAUGGGAUCCAAAGCAAACCCCACAUAUAAAUUACAACUAGAAAUUUACACUACGAUAAAAUAAAAGUUCUCUAAUACCACUGAACAGAGAGCCCAGUCUCUUGCUCAGGUUAACUGCACAUACCAACUUAGAAACAAAUUAAUUUAUUGGCAAUUAUUUCAGAAAAUAUUCCGAACCCAUGCGCUAAUACUAACCCUAAGGAUGUACAUUGUACAGUCAAUUUGAGGCUACGAUGGAGCUGGUAUCCUUUGUAGUUUCUCAUAAAUUAUUAAUGAUUUGACGGUGAAAAUAUUCACGUAGUGUUUCGCAUUUCCUUCACAACUUCAAGACUUUUCAUCCAAUUACCACGACCAAAGUUUCACCGGCUCCACAUCAUAAGAAUAUGAUGAUAUAAAAUAAAUAUAAAAGCAUUAUUAAUCGUUGUUAUAUCUUCCUUUUUAUUAGAUGCCUUGUCGUCAUUGUCGAGAUGGAAGGUAGCUAUAUGUCAUGCCACGACUCUCUAACUUUUGCAUGCGUUACCUUUUUCAUUUAAACUAAAGAUAGAAAUACUGAGAAGUCAAUGACUAUAUGCUAAACUACUCCAUAAUUCUUUCAGUUUUGCGUGCAUACAGAUAAACAGAAGACACUGCAACAUCUAACACAGGAAAUUCAUCGUCAACCACAAAAAGCUAAAGUCAUGUACGAACUUGUGAAAUGCAUUGCCCUGGGUAAGAGCCACAAUAGAUAUACAAGAUAGAAUUUGCAUGUUCUUCAUUCAUUUCUUGUUCUUUUAUUCUAUUCUAGCAACUCACGCGGACAGGUUCUCUCUUUAUCUUAUCUGUAAAAAUGAGAAGGUAAAUAAGAACAUCAGAACAGAAAGUUUUUUGUUUCAUUUCAUGUUCUUGUUUUCAUACAUGGUUGAGCUUUGUGUCUGUGCCCAUUGUAGGAAAUUUAUCUUUAUACUGAAGACAGUGAGCAAAGGUAACAACUAAAAUAUGAUUUAAAGUUUGUUCGUUCACAGCAACCAGGCAUGUGAUCAUGUUUUCGCUCGCCACUCUGGUUUAAAUAAAUGAAUACAAAGUGAUGAUUACAAUUCGACUGGGCUUUGUAUUCAUUUAUGUAAACCAGAGUGGCGAGCGAAAACAUGAUAAAAUAUGAUUGAUUUGUCCGUAUCAAAAGUCGUGUUUACACUACAAGCCUUGGCCAGGCCAAGGUAAAUGUGGCGCGUUUACACCAUUACAUUAUUUUUUGAGACUGGCUCACUUUGGCCUAGAAUUUUUAAAUUAAUUUUGUGUAUUUUUAUGUGUUGUGACGUCUGCUGGGGCCGGUUGUAUUUUUAUAUAGUGAUUAAAGUUAAUUAUAAUUAAGUGGAAACGUCAUCCAAUAAGAAGCGCCUAUUUGAGAGUUAAUCACUAUUUAACUACAAAAUAGUGAUUUAAAGAUUAAGAGUUUUAUACAACCGACCCCUGGUUGUCCGCUAAUCUCUCCCUGAGGACACACGUUGCCAUAAAAAUAAGGCCCAGGCCAGGGUCGAAAGUGUUUACAUUUCCACAAGCCUAGGCCACCGGUUGCAGUGGGCCCAGAUUUCCUGGCCUAGGUCAGGUCAAGGCUAGUCCAAAGUCUGUUUACACUGUCAAAAUGUAGGCCAAGGCUAGGCCAAGGCUGGUAGUGUAAACACGACUAAAGACAAAGCUGUAUGUAAAUGAACAUUCAGAUAUCACAUAUAAAACCACCACCACGGUAGUGAUUAGUUUCUUUUCCUGAUGAAUUAUUAAUGAAUGAGUUUUUUAAGCUUCUUUAUCGUGCAGUGGAAAUGUAUAAUUUGCACUGAUUAAGACACGGGCUUAUAAGGAUUGAUACCAACUUCGCUUCUCCUAGGACAACUCAAGUCAACCAACAGAAGAUUGUUGAAGGGACUACAGUAUGUGCUUAUGUAGCAUCAACCAUGGCUGCCGUUCAUGUUCGGGAUAUAUUAGGGGUAUGUGCACACUUUGAACCAGGGGUGGAAAAAAUAGGCGAGCACGCGAGCACUGUUCGCAGGAAAUGUUAAACAGCUGCGCAGGAAAUUCGUUUGAAUGAAGAUUGAAAAUUUGAAGGAAACCUUAACAUCCAUGUCCCACUAUGGGCGCAACAAUAUAUGGUUGACAGACAUUAUUCCUUGAAUUUAAAACCAUGGUCAGCUAGAGCAUUAUAUGUUUAUGUACAUGCAGAUUUAGCACAAAAAUACUCCGUUGGUUUGCAGGAAAUUUGUGUCUCCAGGUUGUGCUCCCAGGAAGAAAAUUAAUUUUUCCUGCCCUGCUUUUAACUAUAUACAAGCACCGCAGGAGAUAAUGGUGGAUCCUGGCAUCUAGGAUCCCAGAACAUUUUCACACCUGACUAGGCUGGCAAAAAAUGUUAGGGCGUUGCAUAAUGCUAAUAGGCACAGAAAAUAAUUUAUUACGAAAAAUAUUAGUAAGCUCGAAAAAACUUUGACCCCAAAACGUACGAUCCUAGAAACUAUUAUUUCCUGCUAUGGUAUACAGAUAGCGUUUUACGUAAUUUCUGACUGACUGGCUUAUCAAUGUAUCAUAUCUUUGCAGGAUGAAAGGUUUUCCGAUGGAAUUGGUAUUGAAGGUACGGUUUUAACGGGAUAUCAGAGAGGUUCAGAUUUGACUUCCACUAAUACCAUUAAGGAACCAACCAUUAACCAAUCAGAUGAGUUUGAUAUAUCCGAUUAACCAAUCAGAUGCGUUUGAUAUAUCCGAUUAACCAAUCAGAUGCGUUUGAUACUGAUUCGAUUAACCAAUCAGAUGCGUUUGAUACUAAUUCGAUUAACCAAUCACAUGCGUGUUAAACCCGUGCGAGGUUGCGGUAGUGGAAAUCAAAUCUGAACCUCUGUAUUAUAGCAUGCAUGCAUGGGCCUUGCACUAAACUGAACAUAAAGUUGAAGAUAUUUUUUUUACUUUUAGAUAGUAUGGCGCAGUCAGUAAUAUGUCAGCCUAUCAUUCAAUCAGAUGGGAAGCUAGCAGGUAUGAUAGGGAGGGAAAAACGAAGCGGUAGAUGUUAUUACCAUAGAGUACCUACAACAAUUAGAGAAUGGAACAAGCUUUCGAAGGAUUUAGUUAAUGCUAGCUCGCUACCUCUAUUUAAGGCGAAGUUUACAAGACAACAUUUACAGGUCUAA